CUCAAAAUGCUUCCCCUGUCGUUUCUGGCAUUAGUCGUAUUGCGGGCAGCAGAAGAUGAAUGUGUUGUUGGAACUUGGCGCUGAUUUGAAUAAUGAUUUUCAUAGUCAUCGUAGCAGAGCAGGUCAGGACAGUUCAUGUAAAGACGGCAGUGUCUCAUUUCUGUCGCAAAUCUCCAAAGAUGUACUCCUUGUGUCUGGCCUUUUUCAAACCAGUCCUCAUCCUUCUGACGCAGACACGUUCGCAGAAGUGUAUCCAUGCGUAACUGGUGCGCCACGGCGACACAGCCAGUGUUUACACAUAAAUAAUGCAGGGCUAUAAGUGAGCAGAUCAGCAGACCUCACAGAAGAUAAGGCCUCCUAAUUGUAUUUCUGACGGCAGAAAACUGAAAAGCACCUCUGCUUCUACUUUGUUUCUUUCCCAGGGGUGUUUGGGUUGUUUGUUUCCAAAAUACUUUUGACAUCACUGAUCCUAAAUGCUAAACACUCAGUGUAGUUUGCAAAAUAUUCUUAUCAUCGAAGUGGAACCAGGUGUUGGAGCGUGUUGAUGUUUCUUCUUUAGCCUUUACUUGAAUGAAGAGAUGCAGGGCUAUUUGUGACUGCUUAGUGAGCGACGUUUCAGUGAAGAUUGCGCAAAGGCUGCAGCAGAAUAUUAUAUCAGAUAUUAUUUCACGUUCAGUGCACGAUUUAAUAUUUUUAUCUGGUUAUAAUAACUAACAUUUACUGCGUCCUGGGGUUGUGGUGCGCCAGAGCGAUGCCCGCUCUGUGUCUGCUUGUUUUUCCAUCCUGUGCAGCAGCAGCGCUGCUACUGCUGCUGCUCCUCACUGCGUCAGAGGCGGCACUGCGGCGCGGCGUCGGGCUGCAUCAUGGUGGGACAGAUGCGCGAAGGAUGCGACACGGACUGAAGAAAGUUUAAAGAUGCUGCGCGAAACGGCCGACUUCCCACGGCCGAAAUAGAGCCGCGAACCCAACACAUCGACUCCCUCCUCCGUGUGACGCAAGGACUGUUUAUCUUCGGUGCUGCGUAAACACGCGUGGGCCUGUGCGUCCUGUGAGCCCCCGGUCACUCCACCUGCAUGAUCUGUGAGCCAGGAUGAACUUCAAGAACCUGAGGGAGUACUUGGCCUGGUUGUACUACCAGUACCUGCUCAUCACCGGCAUCUAUGUCCUGGAGCCGUGGGAAAAAUCCAUCUUCAACUCCAUCUUCUUCUCUGCCAUCGCCAUGGUGAUCUACACCUCAUACGUCUUCGUUCCCAUCCACGUUCGCCUGGCGCUGGAGUUCUUUUUUGGGAUCUUCGGCGGCCAGCCUGAGAGCACCAUGGCGCUCAUGAACUAGAAGAAGAAAACAUGAAGGAAAAGAGACCAAAAACGGGUGGAUUAGCAUGAAUCUGUACAUCAUUUCCUGUAACUCAACUCCUUCGCUCCUGGAGCUCCGUCUUCACACCACGUCCGUCCCAGCAGUCAGUCACCUCAGCUACUCAAGACUGAAAACAUGAAGAUCUUAAUGGAGUCCUCUGGAAAUCAGAGCCUUCCUAUCUUCUUUACAUCCCAAACCCUCUGGCCUUACCCCACGGUAUUAGACGCACAACUCUACAUUACUUUCACACCCUCCCUGUGAAACGUCUUGUGAAGUGUUGUUUGUCCUUUUUUGUUUGUUUUUGUAUUGUUUUUCUCGCCAUAUGUCCUGUGUGAAUGCUUAACACCUCUGGGUUUUGCAUGAUAUGGUCAUAGCUGGUUGGUAGAUUUGCAUGCUUGUCUUCAUUACAAAAUACAGCUCGACUCGUUUCUUUCCAUCACGACUCUAAGGCUACAGUCUUCAGAGGUUUAGUUUGCCACUUUGAUAAAAGUUUUAAAAAGGGAAUGGUUGGAAUCAGCAGUCAAACAUCACUAUAUGGUGCACCUUUACCAUUUUGUAGCAUCUGAAUUGCAUCUGCAAUGAAACUUAAAAUGUCAGGAUCUUGCCUCAGUUUGCCCCAGGCCCUCAUUUAUUGAUUUACUGGUCAAAGUGUUUAAUAAAGGAAAAUAACGACGGAGUCCAUGCUGAGCCUUCUUUUUAUCUCCAAUUUUUUACCUGUUGGCAUGUCAGGAAGGUGUACUCUGUGCCAUGCAUGAGCAAAUAUUGAUACAACACACCUCUGUGUUUUAGGCUUGGCUUUGUUACCGACGUAGCUUUACUUAACCCCUGAAGUCAAAGGAGAACUGUUUGCUGUCACAUGCAAAGAUAGUGCAGACAAAUUGGCCUCAAUGAAAAGCAAAGCCCGACUAAGAACAGUCUUCCGUAUGUAUAGUUGAUCUACAGAGUGAGUCAUAGCGUAUCUGGUAGUUGCUCAAUAUCAUUUUUUAAUUAUUUGUGCUUUGGGUCAAGGGCUUGCCAAUUCUAGUUUAAACAUAAUCUUUAAGUUUUCUUUAUUUAUAUGAAUUAUAUAUUUAUAAACACUGGUAAAUGCUUGGCUGGUUACAAUGUCAGUUACCAAACUUUGUUUUUUGGAUUAUUUAUACCUGUGUUCUCUUGUGGCCAUAAAUAACACAUAAUUCGUUCUUUUCUUUGUUUCUUCACCUAAAAGUGCUUUUAUAUCGUUAACAGGUUGUAUCGGUUAAUUUCACUUUUGAUACACUUUUGCAGAUAUCUCCAGCCCCCCCAAAGCUUUAUGUCACCAUUUACCAAAUGAAUGUUUUAUUUAUACAUGAUAGCAGCACAUCACUGCAAAAAUCAAAGAAUAAAGACAUCUGAAGCUA